GCUGGAAAGCUGCCUGGCAGAAAGGGAAUCUAGGAGUGCUGAUUGACAGCCAGUUGAAUAUGAGCCAGCAGUGUGCCCAGGUGGCCAAAAAGGCUAACCGCAUCCUGGCUAAUAAAAUAAGUGCUGGUGUCAUUUUUUUUUUUUAGUUCUGUCAUGGUAUGUUGCAAUAAUUUUGACCCGUUUUGACAACUGUUUUUAAAUAUGAAAAAAAUGUAGAGAGCAAGAGGUACACAUGUGAAAAUGGACAUGUUUGAUUUGGGGUUAUUGAUAUCUGUCUAACGAAGCAAUGUGCAUAUACAGCCAUAAACUUUUUAAAUCAAAAGUACAAAGCAGUCUGAUAGUUGAGCUCUUCUUUUUCACUUCUGUUUUUCUAUAAAUGAACUAACUCCACGUUAAUUUUUCCAUUUUCAGUCAUCAAGUAAACAGGAUAAUAAUUUACCUACAGAAGACAAAGAGAUGGAUACUGUCAAACUGGAUGAUGUCCCGUUUGAAAAACUCAGUAGCAAAGAUGUGAUGAAAACAAAUGAUAUAUGCAUUCCUGAAGUCGCUAGAAGAGGAAGGAAGAGAAAGGCUGAAAACCAAGCUGAAGCUGCAGAAGCUGUGGUGGUAGCAGCUGCAGUGGCUGUGGCUCCAAAAGUAAGCCCUAAAAGAGGAAGACCAGCAGCUACUGAAGCAAAGGUUCCAAAACCAAGAGGGAGACCCAAAUUGGUGAAACCACCUUGUCCUUCAGAGAUCGACAUUGUUCAUGAAGAGGAGAAGACAAAGAAAAAAGGACUGGAAGAAAAGCCCCAAAAACAAGGGAAAAAACAUGAGGAGAGUCAGAAGGAAGAAGACAAAUCGAGGAAGGAAUUUGAUAGAAGAGAAGCAAAGAGGGAGACUGAACCAAAAAGGAGAAAUACUUCCCAAGCAGAUUCUGCAUCAGCAUCUGAUUCUGAAGAGGAUGAAGGAGAACAGGAAGGUGAUAAGAAGGAAAAAGGAGGGAGAAAGUUUCAAGGAGCUCAUAGAAGAAACAUGUUACAAGGCCGACACGAGAGAGAACUGACAGAAAGAAAGUGUAAGCAAGAGGAGCAAAAGGAAUCUGAGCUGCAAAAUAAAGAAGAAGUUAAGAAAUCAGAAGUUAAGAGGACUGAGAAGAAGAGAGAACAUCAGGUGAAGAGAGAGAGCUGGAAAAUCCAAAGGAAUCCCUUUGAAAAGUAAUGAAAACUAACGAUGCUGCUGGAGUUUGGUUUUUUUUUUAAUAUAAAAUAAAAGUUAUUAAGUUUUGCAUUUGAAAUCUACGGACCAAAAGUUUUAAAAAUUUUAUGAGCAUAAUAUUUUAAUGUUAAAUUUUGUGGAAUAACAGCCCCUUUGAUCUUCAUUUGAAAAAUAUUUAAAUGCUUUGCUGAUGGUUUUAUCUAGUAUUAAUAAACAAUACACAUAUCAAAAUCCCAUUAAGAAAACAGGAGACAGAGUUGUAGUAUGUUUUAUGUUUGUCCAGUUAAUAGCAGGAAAGAACGUAAAUAGUUUUUCAACUGCUUGAUUGCUUCAUUUGUAUAAAACAUACUCUCUUCCAGUCAUACUGACCUGUUAGUGUGUAGUUUUUCGAUGUGUCAGGAUGGCUUUUUACUGUGUUUUGUAUGAGUUGGAAACAUUGUUUUUAUAGCAGUUAAUGUUAAAGUUCAGUUUUCUUCUUGUAAAACAUUGUACCAAGCGAUGCUAUGUACCAAUUGUACCAGUUUAUGCUGUGUGAAUUCUCAUAGUGUGCUUUUGGUAUUAUAGAUGUCAUACUAGGAAGAAAUAUGGUGUUUUCACUGAACCUAUUGAUGAUGCACAUUGGUUAGAAAACGGUCUUAAAUGCUUUAAAAAAAAAAAUUAAAGUCUUUAAGAAUCGA